GGGAUUCAAGGAUUUUUUUGAAACAAAAAAGUUGCACAGUUUCUUCAUGUAGACUGCAAAAGUUUACAACAGCGAGUCGGAUCAAGUUACUUUGAUUUUACUUUAGUCUUGGCAUGGAAAUCCCAGCUAUUAAUCUAAAGGCAAUAGUACUAGUUCACUGGCUGCUUACAGUAUGGGCCUGUAUGGCGUGGCUUCCCCAUUCAUAUGCAUGGGGAAACUUCACUGUCUUGGCUAUCGGAGUGUGGGCCAUUGCACACAGGGACUCUAUUGAUGCAGUGCUUAUGUUUUUACUGGGGACAGUUGUGACAAUAUUGACAGACAUUGUCCAUAUUGCGAUUUAUUACCCCGCACGUGAUCCGGUGAUACCAGAUGUGCUUCGUUUCAGUGCAGGGAUGGCUAUCCUCAACCUGCUGCUCAAGCCUGCAUCAUGUUUUUUUGUCUAUCAAAUGUAUAAAGAGCGAGGAGGAGACUACAAUGUCAACUUUGGUUUCCCCACAGUAUCAAGAAACCGAGACGCUUACCAAUCCAUAGACCAGCAGGAUCAAGAAUCCACAAGCCCAGCCAAUCCCUUCAACCAGGCCCAAGACAAACCCACCCGGGCGUACUAAAAAUACAUUUGCAAUGGCACAUACCGUAUCAUCCUUUUGGAUAUGUAUCAGUGUUACUGCCUUGUAAAUUCUGUUACUUCACUGUGUUACUUGAUGAUGGUACUGAAAGGUCUGCACAGUACACUAUUUAGAAGCACUGAUUGCCCAUUCAGUAAAGAAGUGGAUACACUGGUCAAGAAUACCGUUUAAGACUAUUAGUUAGCUUUUCAUAUUGUUGUGUUAUAGUUGUUCAGAGGAAUGUUUGCUUCUCAUUUGUUUUUGCCUCAGUUGCUUAAAUGCGAUGAGUUCCCAUUUUACAGUAGUAGACACUCCAUUUAUUUUUUGGACAGUAUUAGAACAUAAGACAUGUACUUAUAUAAGACAUUACUUUUAAAAUUGUGAAAACUGGGUAUACUCCUAUGUAUGAAGUGCCACUUUGCAGGCAACCUAAUGUCUUGCACAACAUAACUAAAUAAAGUAGAGACUGUUUCUUCUAAAGCAUAGGUUGCUCCACUAAACUAGGCUUAUCAGUAUUGUGGGUGCAAUUUAGUAUUACAAUUUUUUUUUUUUUUCAAAAGUAGGCUACUCUGUUGCUUUGACACAAAUUCUUCCAUUUGUAAUUUCUGCUUCCAUGGUCAUGUAUACAUUUCACACUCUGAGAGCUACUGGUUAAGUUUAAGUCACUGUUGCAUUGUUCUAUUGUACGUUCUGUCCUUGGUUGAAUCAUUCUUGUUGGUGCAUAUUUGUGUGAUGGUUGUUGAUGGGAGUGUGUGGUGCAAGGUCCUUAUAGGAGAAUCUGUUGCCUUGGGUUGUUUUGUAUGAAUGAAUAAAUAUGCCAGAGGCC